AUGAUUCUUAGAUUUUUACGUAUGGGUAUGGUGGUGUUUAUUAGUUUCUCUCUUUUGGCUAUUCCUAUUUUGUUUCCUAUUAAUAUCAUCAAUCAAUUGGAUUCCCCUGGUCUCAAUAAACUUACUAUUGGUAACAUUCGUGAUUCUCAUCGUUUAUGGGCUCAUCUUGUUUUAUCCGUGGUAUUCACAGCUGGUAUCAUUUAUUAUACAUUCCGUGAAACCCGCCGGUAUCUUGUUUUACGACGCGCUUACUUGAUGAGUGAUGAAUAUAGGAAUUCUGUUAUGGCUCGUACUUUAUAUGUUCCUUCUAUUCCUGAAGAUAUUAAUACUGUGGAAAAUUUGAAACGACUCUUCAGUAAAUUCCCUGGUGGAGUACGACAUGUUUGGCUCAAUCGUGAUCUCAAGGAUUUACCUGAUCAAGUGGAUGAACGUCUAAAAAAUGUGUGUAACUUGGAAACUGCUAUUACCAAAGUAAUCUUAGCGUCGUACAAACACAAUAACAAGGAUCAAUCUGGUGAUGAAGAAGAAAAUACUGGAGGUUACACCAUCCCCAAGAAAUUACGUCCUACACAUCGUGUCAAGCCUGGAUUUAUGCCUUUUGGUCUUCCUCUUGUUGGUCGCAAAGUAGAUUCUAUUGAUUAUUACAACAAAGAAAUCGCUCGUCUCAAUGAAGAAAUUCAAGCAAAACAACGUGAUAUUCCCAAUCGCAAACAACGUAAUUCUGCCUUUAUCGAAUUCCAUUAUCAAUCUGCUGCUCAAAUGGCUGCUCAAACUUUGAUCCAUCAUACUGAACUUCAAAUGUCUCCUCGUUAUGUUCAAAUUGCUCCUUCUGAUAUUAUUUGGGAUAAUAUGAACAUCAAAUCUUUUGAACGUUUAAUUCGUCGAAUGAUCAGUAUCUCUGUCACUACUGCUAUUGUGAUCUUUUGGGCUAUUCCUGUUGUAUUCGUCCAGUCUAUCUCAAGUUUACAAUCUCUCAGUAAAAUUUUACCUUUUUUGAGUGCUGUGAAUAAUUUGGGUCCUACUGUGGUUGGUAUUAUUCAAGGUAUUCUUCCAGCUGUGGCUUUGGCUAUUUUAAUCGCUUUGGUGCCUGUUAUCUUUGCUUUCUUAUCAAAACUUGAAGGUAUUCCCCAAAAAUCAUUUGUUGAUUUAUCUGUUCUCCACAAAUACUUCUUCUUUCAGUUUGUCGACGUGGUAUUGGUGUCAACUAUUGCUGGUGGUAUCUUACAAACUUUGCCUCAACUUCUUCAAAAUCCAACAACGAUCAUCAAUAUUUUGGCUGAAAAUCUUCCAAAGGCAUCCACUUUCUUUAUUACCUUUGUCAUGCUUCAAUCGACCAACGCCACAGGUCAAGCGAUUUUACAAUUGGUGCCUUACAUCUUAUCCUUUGUUAUGCCGAUCUUUUCCACAACACCUCGUGACAUUUACAAACAAAAGACAACAUUACCUGGUAUCAGUAUCGGUACGUUGAUUCCUUCGCAUAGUGUGAUCUUUGUAUUGGGCAUUGAAUAUUCAACCAUCGCACCUUUGAUUCUCCCAUUUGUGAUCCUAUUCUUCUGUUUGAAUUACUUCGUCUAUCUCUAUCAAUUCUUGUAUGUUUACGAGUUGGAAUAUGAAACUGGAGGACGAGCUUUCCCAAGGGCUAUUCGACAUGUUUACAUUGGUAUGUACACUUGGCAAUUGACAAUGAUUGGACUUUUUGCUGUACGUGGAAAUGAAGCACUUGGACAAUUAGUGAUUAUGAUUGUGGUGUUGGUGGUGACAGCCUUUGCUCUUGGUCUUUAUGACAAAUCAUUCAAACCUUUAUUCAAGUAUUUACCUAUGGAUAGCUUCCAAGACAAGGAAACUGACAUCAAAUUGGAUGAUGAUCAAAACAAAGCCAAGGUACACCAUGUAGAAGAUGAAGAUCGUCGUGUUUUGACUUCACCAGAUUCGACAUCGUCUGAUUAUAGUAAUAAUGGUGGAGGUGGUAUGACAACGGCUACGGAUAUGUCAACUCAACAAGUGCGACAACGAAACGAACAGCAAAAAAAUGAAACCCCAGAUGAUGCAGAUACUGAAGCCUUACAUCAUCGCCUUCUUUUGAAAUUGGAAUCCGAAGUCACCAAGGACACCGACGACGAUGAUGCAAAGAAUCCAGUGGUGGCUACAGCUGUCAAACAACUCUACGCAACCGAAGCAUACAUGCAUCCCGCCAGCUAUAAUACCCAGCCACCUGUCUGGCUUCCUCAAGAUGAACUUGGUAUCACGGAUGCAGAAAUGGCCGAGCUGAAAUCUCUUGGUGUGUAUUCUCUCAACUCUUAUGCAACGGCGUUCCGUAACAAAGAAAAGAAGGGCAAGGUGGAUAUUGAUGAACAAACUUUGAUUGUGGAACAACGCGGUAUUCCAGGCUCUCUUCCUGCUCCUGGCACCCAUCUGUCUCGUUACCAAAACUAUAUUCGUACCUUUGUCGACAAUGUGAACUUCUUUGCUUCUAUUGGUGGAAAUGCCAACUUUUUAGGAAAUGCUUUUGGUGGAUGA